AUGGUCGGCACUGCCCAGGAGACGGCGUCAGGACUGAGCAAAGAUAUAAUUGUCAAGGUGCAGGAUGUAAUUGCCAUUGUCACCAAAGAGAAAAGCCCAGAGCCCGACCGGCGGCCAAAUAAGAACAUGUAUAUUGAAGACGUUGCCGAGUUUGCACGCGUUCUCUUGAGAACUACUGAGAUGAUAUUCAACUGUGGCUGGCAGCGCAUCCAGAUCCUUUUCUUCUGCCAGCUCGCAGCAAUCACUGCAAGCCAAGGCGGAUGCCCUCGAUUGUUUAUUUUCUUGAAGCCGGACUUCAUGAAGAGGUUCCUUGGGAAGAAGGCUGCGAAUGAGUUUAAAAUUCCAGAAACCAUCUUUGAUCCAACUCUGGUCCUCAGUCUGCAUGUAUGCUUGCUGAGUAUGCUCUUUCAUAUCAAAGGCUUCAAGAAGGUUUCUACAACUGAGCCAGUACUGGAUUGCCCAGAGAAACUUUACAGCCUCGGAGAACUGGACGGCGAGGGACAGCAGGAACUGAAACUAAAGCAUGAAAUACUAGAUAAAUUUGUGUUCUGCCAGAUGCGUCGAGGCGGCGAGAUCACAGGCUUUGAUCAAGUUGCCAGGCCGUACCUCCUUCAAUACGCUGGAGCCAAGAAAUUCAACAGCAGCGAAGAGGUUACCAAUGCUCUCCAAAACGUCAUCCUACAGCAUGCAGAUAUCCGCACCUUUGUCCGACAUUAUGAGGUGGAUGUUGAUGUUGACGUUCAGGGCAUUAUCCGCAAAACGGGUUCUCAAACACCCUUGGUGCGAUUUGCAUGCUCGUUGAGUGCCUCGAUCGACCCAAAUCGACCUUAUAAGCUCUCUUCCGAAGAAUCCAAGUCCCUCAAUGGACUCCCUGUGGUUCGUGCACAGCAGGACACAUCAAGCCGCUUUGGCCACGUUGAUGAAGGAGCACUUUCCAAGCACCACCGUCAUCUACGGGAAAAGCUGGAACUUUUCCAGGAUCGGACAAUGGAAGCAAAGCGGAAGUAUAACAAAGCUGUCCGUGAACUGCGUAAUGAGGAGCAACGACAGCGGAACCGACGGAUCUGGAACAAUCUAGAGCGGUAUAGGAAUGAGCAACCCGUGAUUGACCUUGAAUGGCAACUGGCAGAGAAGCUGGUGGAUACCAAGGUAGUGGGGGCUCUGGAACACAAGGGCUUCAUGUCUUUGCAGCGUCUAAUGGUGAUUGACGCCACCUUGAGCAUGCUAGGUGCCACUCUUGAAGCGGAGUAUCAGCGUCGGAUCAACAUAAUUAAUGCAAUGAUUGCAUUUUGCCCCGUAGAAGAGGGACGGCCCAGCCAAUCUCGCUGCCGGCCUGUACCCGACGAUGAUGAACCUGUUCUCCUGCCAAACGGCAACAACAUUUCUCGGACGAGACCGAGAUUACUCUGCGCCAAGCGAUGGAAUCCGUACAGAUCAAGUCUCCUGAAGAACGACCUAAGCUCUGCUUUCUUUGUCUGGGAAUGUUAAUCUCCUGCUAAGGAUCAGAUUGUGGAACACACAACACCCGGUUUACUCACCAGGCAUUUUCUACAAAAACAUGUCAUUCCUCCCUGGCAAACCAAAUGGGUUGAGUGUAAUGUCUGUGGGAUGGAGCUGCUCAAACAGAAAGUUCAUCUUUCAAAUCACAGAGAAGUGCCACGGAACAGUUGUGCGAGGUUCCACUCAGAGGAGGCUAGCAUCAGAAUGUCAACACCAACCUGGACUCGUGUCAUCAUAAAGAGUAAUCCAAGCAAUUCUCAGUGAUUGUUGAUGAAGCUCUAUUCUGGUUUACAAGCGUCUUUUGUUCUUUACAAUGUACAGUUAAGGAACAUUUUGAUCAAGACAAAUACCAUCUCCUUUGUAC